AUGAAAGAGUUGGCAGAUCUGAAGUCUAAUGUCUUUAGGCAGUUUUUUUUUGGAGGCGGGAGGGAGAGAGGGAGGGAGAGAGAGAGGGCACAGCAAGGUCCCGUUCACUGGAACCAACUCUUCCCCAUCGCUGACGGGGACCAGCAGUCCCCGAUUGAGAUUAAAACCAAGGAAGCGAAGUUCGACUCUUCCCUCCGACCUCUUAGCAUCAAGUAUGACUCGAGCUCUGCCAAAAUCAUCAGUAAUAGUGGCCAUUCCUUCAACGUUGACUUUGAUGACACGGAGGACAAAUCAGUUCUGCGAGGGGGCCCGCUCACUGGAAGAUACAGGCUGCGACAGUUUCACCUGCACUGGGGGUCCACGGACGACCACGGCUCUGAGCACGUGGUGGACGGAGUGCGGUACGCCGCUGAGCUCCACGUCGUCCACUGGAACUCGGACAAGUACCCCAGCUUCGUGGAGGCAGCUCACGAGCCCGACGGACUCGCUGUCCUGGGAGUGUUUUUACAGAUCGGCGAAUGUAAUCCCCACCUGCAAAAGGUUACUGACAUCCUGGAUUCCAUUAAAGAAAAGGGUAAACAAACUCGAUUCACGAAUUUUGACCCGUUGUCGCUGCUUCCUCCGUCCUGGGAUUACUGGACGUACCCAGGGUCUCUCACCGUGCCGCCCCUUCUGGAGAGUGUCACGUGGAUCAUCCUAAAGCAGCCGAUCAGCGUCAGCUCUCAGCAGCUGGCCGCCUUCCGCAGGCUCCUGUGCACCCCUGAGGGCCACGCGGCCGCCUUCCUGCUGAGCAACCACCGGCCCCCACAGCCCCUGAAGGGCCGCCAGGUGAGGGCCUCCUUCCUCUGACAGCCGUGGCCGGGGACCAGCCCACACAUGUCUGCGGAGAGAAAACAAGACCAAACAGGACACAGAAUCCCUCCCGAUGGCGGUUUCCCUGAGUUCCGGCCGGGGGUGCCCUGUGCUGUCAGCCGCAGCAGAAUAUCUGAUCCCUGUGACCACGGACCUCACUCCCGGCCUGGGAUUCGUGCUCCCGGCCUCGGAGCAGGAAACUGCCACGUGUGCAGAACCACGAGAUGCGUCCACCGCCACCUGCAGGGAACUGGGCAGCAUCGCGAACCUCAGCUCGUGCUAAACAUUGUCUGUCGUAGAGACCGAGCCAGUCACCUUCUCCGCGAUGUUUGGUAAAAAUCUUGAGUUCGUUUCCAGAGUGACAGAAUGGGGUACCUCUUUCUGCCUGCAGACUACAGCUCCUGGCACAGGGUACCUCUUUCUGUGGGGAAACCAGGGAUUCUGCUCAAUGUGUUGAUACAUUCCACUUCAUUAAAAAGUUGGUCAUAUUUCCAAUGUUAAA